UCUGUUCUCAUGCGCUUCACAUCGCGUUCUGUGGUGGUUUUCACCCGACACCUUUCCGUUUCUGACGUUUCUUCUGUCACAACUCCAUGCGGUUUUACUCUCGCAAGGCUAGUCUCACUCACCAAACUCGCCAAGAUAACUGAGUGAUGUAAUAAGCCCCCAAAAAGUUGUGGUGGAAACUUCCGCCCUUUUUUUUUUUCUCAUGACGCAAUGGCUCCUGUGUGGCUCUCUGUGACUGGUCAAAGCACAAACGCUGAGUGGAGGAGGUGAAGAGAGGAGAGAAUCACCAUGCUGAAGGAUUACCACUGGGUUUACAUUUGCCUGGAGGCGGUCAUCGCCGUGUUCGCUGUGUCGGGAAACAUCCUGGUCUGCUGGGCCGUCUGCCUCAACUCCAACCUGCAGAGCAUCACCAACUUCUUCGUGGUGUCGCUGGCGGUGGCUGAUAUCGCUGUGGGCCUGCUGGCCAUCCCGUUCGCUGUCAUUAUCAGCACUGGCUUCUGUGCUGACUUCCAUGGGUGCCUUUUUAUCGCCUGCUUUGUCCUGAUGCUGACCCAGAGCUCCAUCUUCAGCCUCUUGGCCAUCGCCCUGGACCGCUACAUCGCCAUCAAGAACCCACUCAGGUACAGCAGCGUCGUGACAGCGCGGAGGGCAAAGGGAAUCAUUGCUGUGUGUUGGUUCCUCUCACUAGGAAUCGGUCUAAUUCCAAUUCUGGGGUGGAACACAGGGAUAAACAAUACGACGGAUGUCAACGGCAGCUGCCCCAAAGGAAUGACCGAGUGUUUAUUUGAAGAGGUAGUGCCUCUCGACUACAUGGUCUACUUCAACUUCUUCGGCUGCGUCCUGCUGCCGCUGGUGCUGAUGCUGAUCAUCUAUGUCAAAAUCUUCAUGGCUGCGCGGCGCCAGCUCCAACUGAUAGAGCUCAAAGUGGUGAGCAAGCCUUCCUUCAGGGACAAGACCGUGUUCCCGAGCUCGUCUCGCACCACGCUGCAAAGAGAAGUCCACGCUGCCAAGUCGCUGUCCAUCAUCGUGGGCUUCUUCGCUCUGUGCUGGCUUCCACUGCACCUCCUCAACUGUUUCAAUCACCUGUGUCUCUUCUGUAAUCGGCCCAACAUCUGGGUCAUGAACAUCGCGAUCAUCCUCUCCCACGCAAACUCUGCUGUGAAUCCCUUCAUCUAUGCGUAUCGAAUUCAGGAGUUCCGAGUGACGUUCCGCAGAAUUUUCUAUCAGCAAAUCCUGAGGCAAAAGGACGGCCAUGGCUUCAGGGUGGGCAGCGGCGACAGCAGGCGAGGCAGCAGUUUCGCGCGCACGUCUACCUGCAGCAGUAAGGAGGUUUGCAGCACCGUGGUCAAUAACUACAUCAUGGAGCAGAGUUGGGACCUGACCUCAGAAAAAGGCUUUUGUAAUUCCACCUUUGAAACGCUGCAGCGGGUUAUACCGAGUGGGGGCCACAUCCAGGGUGGCGCCUUGUCAAAGACCCAACCAUGUCAGGUGGGGCCUCCUGCUGAGGAAGCUGAAUGUUCAGGCAAAAGAGGGAGAGACGAUGACACGAGAGACACUGUCACCUGCAUUUCUUUUGUGAAUACUAAAGCUCUGACAAUAGCACAGACUGAACUAGCUAAUUCAACUGAAGUCUCUUGAUCUUUCACCUGUUAACUGACUGUGACAUACAUUUAGUUGAAUUAAUGCAAGUGACCUUACUCUCUUUUUUAGUCAUUACUUUGCAAUUGCAGUGCAAUAAUGGUUUAGUCUUGUUCAUGUUACGCACUACAGUACAGUAGAAAGCGAAGUCGUAUUAGACUUCUACAUGGAGCCCAGCUCUGUAUCUGUAUUGUAUUCAGAAUGACAGAUUGCCUCAACUGCACAUUAUCUUUGGGUAAUAGACGCGGCUCCACCGUGUUCCAAAGUGGCAAUGAUCACAGGAACUUUUGACCUUUACUGGUGAUUAAAAAACCUUCAGUCACGUCAUAAUUUCACGACUGUCUGUGACCUAACGUCGUCCUCCAUUUUGUCUUUCACAUUUUAUGUGGUAUUGCAUUUCUCUAUUGUCUUCCUUUUAAAGUCCAAACUCAAGAAGAAUGGGCCACCGCACUAUAGAAGUAUAUAUUAGGGGUCGGAUUCAAUAAAAAAAAAAAAAAAUCUAGUUCAUUGGAAAAUUAAUCAAUUAAUCACAGUUUAAUGGGAUAAAUCACGGUGGUGUCUAUAUUCAAGUUUUUAUAUCACCUUAUUUAAAGUAAAGCUCGUUAAAUGUCUUGAAAAUAUUUGUAUGAGAAUUUCAUUUUUUUAAGAAUUUCAAGUACAUUCAGAGUAGUGGAAACCCUGGCCAUUGUGUAGUGAAAACUAUCCCUGAACAAAAGCAAACAGAUGCUUUUGUUUGCUUUUGUUCAGGGAUGAUUCCUCCAUGUUUGUUGUUGUUGUUAUCAUCGUAGCUGCCACGCGUCUUGUGCAUCAGUGUGAUCAGUGGAGCAGGAACUCCUGCACUUACAAAGAUUCCCUGUUGUCUGGAGAGCAAACUGUUAUAUCAUAAUAUACACUCCCACUUCUAGUACAGUCUCACAUCCAACAUACAUACAACUUCAACUCUUUUAGCAUCAACUAAGAGCCUGAGGUUAAAUUAAUAAAAAAAAAUCGAAUCCAAAUUCAAUUGACUUCACAAGAUCCAAUCAAUGUGUUGUAUGUUUGUCCCCUUUGUUUUUUUUACACUGAUUCUCAAAAUAAAAUGUUAUUAUAUUAAAAGUGUUUCUGUAAAGCGUAAAGGUGUCAUUGUUAAGCAUUUGCAGGUCACAUGAUCAAUUUGCCACACGUGUUAUAAAAUGAUUGCUCAGUGUGUUAUUGGAGAAGU